UGAUUCCAUCCAUAAAUCUGUUUACAGUGAUAUAGUAAUAAUAUAAUAAUAUUCCUAUAAAAGAAUUCGAAAUCUCUUUCCUAAAAUCCUUGUAAUCAAAGAUAUUUAUGCUUCCUCUUUUCUUGAAUCCUAUCAAAUAUAACACACAAUCAAGCUUAGAUGUUUAUCUUUUAAGCUUCUUUCCUUCUUCUUUUGUUUCUUGUUUUCUUCUUCUUUUCUCAUUGAUAUUAUCAUACAACCUUUCUUUCUUUCUUUUUAAUUCAGUUCAGCGAAUGUUGGUUUGAUUGAGGGGGAAAAAAGAGAGAAGAUUGUAGAGAGAGAGAGAGAGAGUGUGUGUGUGUGUGUGUGGCAAAUGGCGAUCGAGUACGAACCAAUCAAGCCAUAUGCCGAUGAUUUAGAGGAUUCUGUUUAUACGCAAGAAAAGCAUUUCAGCAUUGAUAUUGAUAUUAUUGGCAAUGCUGAGAAAAUCCAAGAUGAUGAUGAAAGUAAGAAUUUGAAUCAGCUGGCUUUUCGGAUCUCUGACCCAAACAUUGCUAACAAAGGUGAAGAAAGCCCCUUCAUUCCCGCUUCCAACUCCACAAACCUUCCUCUCCACCGCCAACAGCCGCCGCAGCACCGUCUCAUUUCCUUGGACGUUUUCCGGGGGCUCACCGUUGUGCUAAUGAUACUUGUAGAUGAUGUUGGUGGCAUUCUUCCUGCCAUCAAUCAUUCACCAUGGAAUGGAUUAACCCUUGCAGAUUAUGUCAUGCCAUUUUUUCUCUUCAUUGUUGGUGUUUCUCUAGGACUGACAUACAAGAGAGUUUCCUGCAGAGUUACUGCAACUAGAAAAGCAAUAUUGCGGGCACUAAAGCUUCUGAUAUUAGGCAUUUUUCUACAAGGAGGCUUCUUCCAUGGGCUCAACAAUUUAACUUAUGGGAUGGAUAUUCAGCAAAUGAGAUUGAUGGGAAUACUGCAGAGAAUUGCCAUAGCAUAUUUAGUAGCAGCAUUGUGCGAGAUUUGGCUGAAAGGUGAUGAUCAUGUUACAUCACAAUUAGCUCUGCUGAGAAAGUAUCAAUUUCAGUUGCUUGCUGCUUCUGUUCUUACUGUCAUAUAUAUUUUCUUGUUAUAUGGCCUGUAUGUACCCACUUGGCAAUAUCAAAUUCCAGAUGCAACUUCUUCCUCAGCACCAAAGACUUUUUCGCUUGCUUGCCUUUGCCCUUUCCAUUCAAAGGUGAAAUGUGGAGUACGUGGUGACACUGGACCAGCUUGUAAUGUGGUUGGAAUGAUUGAUCGUAAAAUACUGGGGAUUCAACAUCUGUACAGGAAACCGGUCUUUGAAAGAACAAAGCAAUGCAGCAUCAACUCACCUGAUUAUGGCCCUUUACCUUCUGAUGCCCCUGCUUGGUGUCAAGCCCCCUUUGAACCUGAAGGACUUCUGAGUUCAGUGAUGGCGAUGGUGACCUGCUUUGUUGGUUUACACUAUGGGCAUAUAAUUGUUCACUUUAAGGAUCAUGCGGACCGAAUUCGUCUCUGGUUGAUACCAUCUUCAGCUUUUCUAGUCUUGGGCCUUGCCUUGGAUAUUUUCGGAAUGCACAUUAACAAGGCUCUUUACACAUUCAGUUACAUGUGUGUUACUGCCGGUGCCGCUGGCUUUCUCUUUGCCGGAAUUUAUCUACUGGUUGACAUCUAUGGAUAUCAACGCAUGACAUUGGUAUUAGAAUGGAUGGGGAAGCAUGCAUUGGUGAUAUACAUCCUUGCAGCCUGCAAUCUCAUACCAGUCGUUAUACAGGGAUUCUAUUGGAAGCAGCCUCCAAAUAACAUUCUUAGCUUAAUUGGCAUUGGAAGAUGAAGUGACGAUUUUGCUGCAAUCCAUGGAAGUAUAGGUUUUCUCUUUACCUCUUUUAUCAACUACAGUUGUGAACUCUCUCUCUAUUUAGAUUACCUCAAACUAGAGUAAGUGAGAGAGGGGUGGUUAGGCAGGACAGAAAGGGUAGAAAAUAUGGUUUGUAUGUAAAAAAGAGUGAGCAGAGCAAGCUUGCUUGAGCUUUCUACUUUCAUAUAUUCUUGGAAAAUUGGAUAUAAUUUUUCAUGUCAUCUGUCUUCGUGUGUAUAUGUUUUGAUCAUUUUGGCACCGAGAAAUCAGCUUAAUUAAUGUAUUUAUUUGUGUGUUUUAAGCAUCUUCUGCAAAA